AUGGAUAAAGCUACCAAGUUUAAUGAAAAUGAUCUAGUUAUAUUCUAUGAUGCUUCUAAGCAAAAUGUCGAUGCAGAUCCUAUCAAAUUAACUUCAUCAAUUAGCACAGCUUUAAUUAAGCAUUAUAAACAAAGAUCUUAA